AUGGGUGCUAACCCUAAUAGAGGCUCAUCGACCUCCAAUAAUCAUAACAGUGGUCUGGAUGCCUAUCACUUCGACAAUUUCUCGUAUUCCAGAUCCUCCCGUCACAGACCUUCUAAUAACGUUAGAUCCAACUUAGCCACCCCAUUCCAGCUACCACAAGGCUAUUAUUCCAGUAAUCACAAUGGGGGAACCAAUAACACUGUCAAUUUUAAUGAUACGUCCAGUCAGUCCAGCAGAGAUGCCAUGGAGGAUGCAGAAAAAGGAUUUAGACCAUUUCCAGAAAGAAGUGAUACUUAUCCGCUUAAUGUUUCUGUGAAUUCCAGAAUGGAAAAUCCUAGAACACAAGAAGAUGAAACACACAUUAUCUCUCCAUUACACCAUUCGAAUACUGCUCCUCCAAGAAUCCCCCCUAUCCUUGCAGAAGUACCUGAUCAUGCCCAUUUUGAAAACGACACCGAAUCCACCAGCUCGAGCAUUACGGCCACCGAUCAUGACUAUGUCACGGAAAAACAGCUCCCAUAUCCUGUGUUUGCUCCUCAUUUGGAACCGGCGACCACUCUUAAUAUUCCUCCACAAGCUCCGCUUCAACAAGAUUUACAUGGUAAUUUGUACGGUGAAGCAGUAUCUUUUAAAACCAUGCCAGAUGAUUCAGAUGUCAAAGAAGAAGAAGUUCAUACCACCGUGAAAAAGUUCCUUACCACCAACGGUAAUCUUAUUUUGGAUAGUGAUACUGCUUCUUAUUUAUUGAAAGAAUAUAAACUCGAAGCUAAAGGGAAUGAGUUUGCGUAUAUGAGAUACUCUUCGGUGACGUGCGACCCAAACCAAUUCCGGGUUUCCAAAUUCAACCUCAGACAAAACUUCUACAAAAUCCCUCGUCAAACAGAAAUAUUGAUUUGUAUCACACUAUACGAUGAAGAACCGUUCCUUGUGGCCAGGACUUUGAAAGGGGUGAUCCAAAACAUUAUUCAUUUGACCAAACUCAAGCAUUCUGAAGUGUGGGGUGACGAAUCUUGGAAAAAAAUUGUCGUGUGUUUUGUGGCGGACGGUCGUAACAAGGUCAAUCCUAAAACUUUGGCAUUAUUCUCGUCUAUUGGGGUUUAUCAAGAUGGUUUUGCUCGUGGGCAAAUUGGCGAAAAAAAAGUGCAAGCCCAUUUAUACGAACAUACCACUAUGUUGGGGGUGCAAAACACCGAUGAAGGCGACAUUACUUUUGUUCGUAACCCAGUACCGGUCCAAUUGUUAUUGUGUUUGAAAGAAAGAAAUAAGAAGAAAAUCAACUCCCAUCGUUGGUGUUUCGAAUCUUUUGCGGAUGUUUUGAAUCCAAGAGUCGUGGUUUUAUUGGAUGCCGGUACUCAACCAAGUCGUGAUUCUCUUUACCAUCUUUGGAACUCAUUUUAUAUGAAUCCACAAAUCGGUGGGUGUUGUGGGGAGAUUAAGGCCGCGUUAGGUCCGAAAUUCAGUAACUUAUUGAAUCCCCUUGUGGCGGCUCAAAACUUCGAAUAUAAAAUAUCCAAUAUCUUGGAUAAACCUACGGAGCUGACAUUUGGGUUUAUUUCUGUGUUGCCGGGGGCCUUUAGUGCCUACCGUUAUGAAGCCAUCUUGAACGAUGAAAAUGGGGUAGGUCCACUUGAAAAAUACUUUAAAGGUGAAGAUUUGGAUAAAGAUCCGAGCGCUGGGGUGUUCCAGAAAAAUAUGUACCUUGCGGAAGAUCGUAUCUUGUGUUUCGAACUUGUUGCUAAAAAGAAAUCUAAUUGGACCUUAAAGUAUGUUAAGGCUGCCACUGCCGAAACUGAUACCCCAACCGCGAUUUCUGCGUUGAUCAAGCAAAGAAGAAGAUGGUUGAAUGGUUCAUUUUUCGCUUCAUUUUAUUCGAUCACUCAUUUCUGGCGUAUCUGGAGUUCUGGCCAUUCAUUUGUUAGAAAAAUGAUGUUGAUGGUGGAAUUCUUUUACCAAACUGUCCAACUUGUGGUUUCGUGGUUCAGUAUCGCUUCUUUUUUCCUUGUUUUCAGAAUCUUAUCAGUUUCAUUGGAGGGUUAUUUCGGAGGAGCGAAAAUUCUUGCUGGUAUUUUCCUUUGGAUGUACGUUGCUACUACCGUUAUCACUUUUGUUCUUUCCUUUGGUAACCGUCCUGAAGGUACUUCCAAAGUUUAUUUUGUGAUGUUGAUCUUCUACGCAGUGUUGAUGAGUUAUACCAUGUUUGCUGCGGUGUUCAUGUCGGUGAAAGCGGUUCAAGAUUUUUUGAAAGAACGUAAUUUCCAAGAAUUGGUGUUCCAUAAUUCCCGUUUCCGUGAUUUGACGGUUUCAUUGUCAUGUACAUACGGUCUUUAUUUCCUUGCUUCAUUCUUAUACUUUGAACCAUGGCAUAUGUUUACUUCUUUCUUACAAUAUCUUUUGAUUUCACCAACCUACAUCAAUGUUUUGAACAUUUAUGCUUUUUGCAAUCUUCAUGAUUUGAGUUGGGGUAAUAGAGACGACGAAAUCAUCGAAGAAAAACCGUUACAAAUGACCAAGGUCCAGAAAGAUGAACUUGAGGAAUUGGAUGUCAAUGAAGAAGUGUUACAAAAUGAAUUUCUUGUGUCGAUGGAUGCCCCAAUGGAUAGAAGGGACGUGGAUAUUCAGUAUGCUAAAAAGUGGCAUGAACUUAGAGAACCAGGGAAAUCCAAUUAUGAAACCAAUAGAUUUGGCAUGAAGGUCAGGAUCGAUGGUCGUGAUGCCGAUACAAAAGCAAAAGAUUAUUAUGCCUUAGUUAGAUCUUUGGUGGUUAUAUUUUGGAUGGCGACAAACUGUUGUUUGGUCGCUGUAGUUUUGAGUAUGGACGGUUUCACUGAUAGUUCUCAUUUGGAAAGUGUCUACGAAAGAAGAUCGGAAAUCUUCUUGACGGUGAUUCUUUGGAUUGUUGCGUUUUUGGCAGCGUUCAGAUUUGUUGGGUGCGUCAUUUAUUUGAUUAAUUAUUUGGGUGAAAGAAUGAUCGAUUGGGAUAUCAGGAAACAACUGUUGAGAUACCCAAAUUACGCUAUCUAG